CUUGGUGAUCACCAUUGCCGGGAUUCGCUUACCUCGUGACAACAGAACCGGACUGUGAGUUGAAGCAGACUUCGCAGUGCACACCGCUGUUGCUGCUGCAAAUCCAUUCUUUUGAACAUCUUUCGCUGUUUUGCGUAUUGCAACACUUCCCUCAGCCUUUAGCCUUGUCGCAGCGCGUGGGCCGGCCCGCGGUGAGACAGACCCAUUGAUCGCUCCGCCAUGGCUGCCGGAGAGUUCAGUCGCCUGUUCGUAUCCCACUGGAGGGAGAUACACGAGAAGUUGAGGUCCCCAGACGAGGAUAUCAUUGUAGAUGGUCGGAAUCUAAGUUUGGCCGAGGUGGUUGCCUGUGCAAGGUACGGCCAGGACGUUGUCAUUGGCGAGGAGGCCGCUGAAGCCGUACGUCGCAACACAGAUCUAGCUUUCGGAUCCCUUCGAGAAGGCGAUGCUGUUUCAGCAAGGCAUGCCAGCUGGGGUACCAUCCCUUCAGCGAGGACAACUGGGAUGGACCAACUCCACCAAGUCAUGGUGCGCGACUCCCAUUUUUCCAUCCUGUCUGGCGAGACGGAUUUCGAUAUCUCGCAUGCGACAAGGACUUUUUCGUCGGCCAUUCCCCUGAGUGAUCCAGUUGAGUCAACAUCCAUGCCAGAGUCGUGGGUGCGAGCCAUUCUGCUCAUCCGCGCAAACACGCUGGCGUAUCCGAAUUCGGGAGUCAGACCUAUCCUCAUAGAAAGGCUGGUACAACUUCUUAACUUCGAUGUCAUUCCAAGAAUCCCGCUUCGAGGCAGCAACUCGGGCGUUGGAGACUUGAGCCCGCUCUCGUAUAUUGGAGGCGUAUUGCAAGGAAAACCAGCGGUGCAAGCGUACAUUGGAGACCGGAUCCAAGGCGGACGGAAGCUGGUUCCUGGCGACGAAGCACUGAGUUAUGCUGAGGUCGACUCUCUGGAUUUUCGUGGAAAAGACGGCAUAGCUCUGAUAAUGGGCUCCCCGCCGUCAAGUGCAGUCGCCUGUUUGGCUCUUCACGAAGCCAUGAGUCUUGCUGCCACAAGCAUCACACUUACUGCCAUGUCGGCGGAAGCGCUGUGCGCCUCGCAUCUGCCUUUCCACUCAAUCAUGGGAGAGUUACGACCACAUCCGGGACAAGUAGAGUGCGCGACCAACAUUCGCAGUUUCACAGAAGGAUCGAAACUGCUUUCUGAGGAUGUGAAGGUAAAAGAAAUGUUGAACAGAGUUGAUCGAUAUGCGAUCAGAACCUCGCCCCAGUGGAUAGGCCCCAUUCUUGAAGACUUUCAGUUGUCUUACACCCAACUUUUGACCGAAAUCAACUCGGCAAGUGAUAGCCCGAUGAUGGAGGCGCCUGGCAAGAUGCACCAUGGGGGAAACUUCCAGGCCAAAUCUGUUGCAGUUGCCAUGGAAAAAGUGCGCCAGGGAUGCCAGAGUAUCGGGCAAAUACUCUUCUCACAAUGCACCGAACUCAUCAAUCCUUCAUCAAACAAAGGACUACCUGCGCAUCUAGUUGUCGGCGAGCCUAGUCAAUCGGGUGGAUUCAAGGGGACGGACAUGCUCAUCGCCGCCCUGCAAUCCGAACUCGGUUUCUUGUCUAACCCAGUUAGCUCUCACGUACAGUUUGCAGAAGCGGGCGUACAGGCCAUAAAUUCUUUGGCUUUGAUAUCAGCCCGCUACACACUAACAGCCGUCGACGUCCUCACCCAGCUCGCGGCUGCGCACCUCGUAACACUCUGCCAGGCUCUGGACCUGCGCGCCCUUCACAUACAAUUCCUAUAUACACUCGCUCCCAAGUUCAAGAUGCUGACGCGGCGCUGCAUCGGCGAAUGCAAUGAGCAACUCUCUCCAACAAGCGAAGCCAGCGGCAACAGCUCCGAGGUCGUAUACGAUCUCUGGGUUCAUCUCUCAUACCAAAUGAGCCGCACAAUGGACAUGGAUUCGCGGCAGCGCCACGAAGCAGCAAUGGACCACCUGCAGACACGCCUCCUCCGCGAAGUCCCAUGUACUCAGCAAACCCUAGAGCUCGUGCAACAAUGGCACAGUGAUUGCGUACAAGAAAUUAGCCAAGUGUAUCAAUCUGUGCGCAACAGGUAUCUUGCAGCGCCAGAUGCGACACCUAUACUCGGAAAAGCCACCAAGAGGAUGUAUUCAUUUGUACGGAAUGUGCUCGAAAUCCCGUUUGUGGGUCCCGAUUAUCUAGCCAAUGCGGAGUGGGACGACGGAACAAGCCAUUCUGACAAUUACAAGUAUAGAAGCAUGGGAGCGAUGAUCUCGGCUGUGUAUGAAGCCAUGCGGAAUGGAGCUUUGUACUCUGUGGUCGUGGAUUGCUUCGAACACGUGUAG